AUGCUCAGCUUGGAGAACAAGGACAGGAAGGGAUUCGCCUGGGCCAUUGCCCCGAUCUUGACCACGCUGGGUUACCUACACAUACUGCUGGUCUCUAUCUUUCCCUUUUGGGUGCGACUUGUGAAUGAGGAGACCCAGGAAGUGUUUUUCAGUGGCCUCUUUGAGAACUGCUUCCAUAUCAAAUGCUGGAAACCCCGACCCCUAUCUAUUUACAUCCUCCUUGGCCGAGUCUUCCUGCUGUCUGCAGUUGUCUUGGCAUUCCUCACUACUUUCCUCAUGGUCUCCACCGCCUCUGAGUUCCUCCUGAGGACCCGGAAGCACAAUGUCCUGUCAGCCUUCAUCAGCUUCUGCACAGGGGCCUCUGCAUUCCUGGCCUUGUUGCUGCAUGCCCUGGAGAUCCGGGAUCUGAGGUCGAAGCCCACUCCCACGCAGUUCUCUGUGCAGUGGCCGUACUACGUCCUGGCUUGUGGUAUCCUGCUGUUCCUAGUGGCUGGUGCCAUCUGCCUUUCUGAGGAAAUAACCUGCCUUAGCUGCCAUUUGUUGCCCAUUUCCCAGAACACUGAGCAGACCCAGGGGACUCCACACCUGGAGAAGCUAGAGAAUUUGGGAGGAGACCUCAGUUCCAUACAGAAGGAGACACUGCUGAAGGAAGAAACAGUUAUCUAGCCCAAGAUAUCGCCUUCUACCAUUCUUUCCAGCCAGGUGUUGAUUCAUACCUUAAAAACCAAGCCUGGAGGCAA